AAUCAUGCGCGGUCUCACGUCAUCAACAAGGGCCGGUAGUGGGGGGCGCGGCAAAUUGGAAAUUUGAACAGCUGAGUCGUUCGCGUAUUGUUUUCUGUCAAUUCUGGCUAUUUAUUGUCAAUAUUGAACUUGUAUCCACUUCAUAUAAUGGUGAAUAAAUUGCAGAGACAUGCUUUAAAACGUCCGAUGAAGGAGAAAGUGAGCAAGCGCGUCGGGCAGACUGCAGAUUUGAUGAUGCAGCUGGACAUGCUGUUGUUCCUGCAGCAGCUGGCUGAGGAGGCUCGCUCCAAAGCCUUCGAGGAGAAGACAGCCACCAUCAGAGCCCAGCACUUCAAAGCAAGCACCAAGAAAAUUCUGAAGAAAGUCCGGGGAUGACCUCAACUUAGAAGCAGAUGAACUUUUCUUUUAUUUUAAAUUUUUAUUUUUGCCUUUUUUGCCACUUCAUUUGUGUCUUUUACCAUGUAAAUUACAUUUUAUAACUGUAAAUAAAAUAUUUUGCCACCUCA